AAUUGUUGACGAUUUUUGACAAUUAAACAUCGGUUGAUUGGUCGUCGCAGUCGCAGUUCUUUCAACUCUGCUCCUGCUGUUGUUGUUUUUCUACUUCAUCUCCUGCUGGCCGGGUUAAGAUUUAUUUUAUUCCUUGCUACCACCGAGACCGUGUAUGUCGUGUCAUAAAAAGGUGUUCCAAAGAAAAUAUUUAAAAAAAAAAACAGACCCACCCACUUAAGAAGGGUUUCUUCUCUACUUCAACUCAGGUUGUUUUUAAAAAUCAUUCAACCAUAAAUGGUGUCUCACAAAUAGAUCAACAUCAUCAUCAUCAACGUCGUUGAACAAUCUUGUUUUUCGUUAAGGAAUUUCACAAAAAAGUGUGAAGAAGCUUGUUAGCCAGUAUUUUGAGUGUGUCUUGUGUUGACAACAGCAAAAAGAGAUGACUCCCAAGAUAGAAGAAGGCACUUACCUAGGCUUUGACCUAAGUACCCAAAAGCUGAAAGCAAUGCAACUUUCAGAAAACUUGGAAAUCUUAGCAACUGCCGAAGUGAAAUUUGACACAGAUUUGCCAGAAUUCCGAACAAAUGGUGGAGUUAAUUCGGGACCAAAUAAUCACGAAUUUUAUGUUCAACCUGCAAUGUGGGUGAAAGCCAUAGACAUCGUAAUGGAUCGGCUAGUUGUCCAAGGAGCUGAUUUUAGUACAGUUUCAGCCAUCGGAGGUUCAGCACAGCAACAUGGUUCCUUAUACUGGUCACGUCGUGGUCUACAAUCUCUUAAAAACCUCGAUCCCGAUAAGUUCCUUCAUUCGCAAGUCGAUGACUCAGCCUUUGCUCUAACUCGCACACCCAUCUGGAUGGAUGGAUCCACCGAAAAUCAAUGCCUUGAAAUGGAAGUUGCCAUUGGUGGACGCAAUGAAAUGGUCACUCUAACUGGUUCCAAAUGCUAUCCCCGAUUCACUGGACCACAAAUUCGUAAAGUCUAUCAAAAUCGUACGCAUGCCUACGAAGAAUCGAAAAGAAUCUCAUUGGUUAGUAGUUUUUUGGCUUCGAUAUUCCUUGGUGAUGUUGCACCAAUUGAUUAUGCCGACGCUUCCGGAAUGAACUUGUUCGAUAUCAAUGAAAAAAUUUGGUCGUCGGCUUGUUUAAAUGCCUGUGCUCCAGAUUUAGAAGAGCGUCUAGGUAGUCCAGUUAAGACUUGCUCUAUUCUGGGGAAUAUUGCUGAUUUCUUCGUACAAAGAUUUGGUUUCCCAGCCGAAUGUAAAGUAACGGCUUUCACUGGUGACAAUCCAUCGGCGUUAAGUGGAAUGUUGGUGGAGGAAGAUUGUCUUGUCAUUUCAUUGGGAACAAGUGAUACCGUUAUGAUGGGUUUAGAUAAACCAACGAAACUAGAAGAGGGACAUGUUUUGUGCCAUCCCACACUUAACGAUGAAUAUAUGGGCUUAUUAUGCUUCCGAAAUGGUUCUUCUGCGAGAGACGUAGUGAAGCGUGAUGAAGCCAAUGACAAUUGGGAUACAUUUACCGAGCUUUUGGAUUCAACGCCACGUGGUAAUUAUGGCAACAUGGCGUUACAUUUCCAUUCUUUGGAAAUAAUACCACAAGCAAAGGGUAUUCUCCGAUGGAACAAAGCAAUGUCGGCUGAAUGUGUCGAUGCUGCUCAAGGCGUUGCCAAAUUUGGAUCGCCCCAGACUGAAAUUCGCGCAUUAAUUGAAGGACAAAUGCUUCAUCGGAAAGCAAUAGCCACCGAUAUGGGCUUCCACUUUGGUGAAAAUACAAAAAUCAUUGCGACUGGUGGGGCCUCUGUCAACAAGUCAAUCCUUCAGGUUAUUUCUGAUGUAUUUAAUGCUCCUGUUUAUAUUCAGAAAGAAAGUGAAGCAGCAGCAUUAGGAGCAGCUUAUCGCGCAAAAUAUUCCCUCUAUUUGGAAAAAUUCAAAACUGACGAUUCGACUGAUCAACCAAAACACUAUCGCGACUUUAUCAUGGAAUUCAUACCAAAUAUUUUUGAAAAGGUAUGCGAUCCAAGUAAAGACAGCGAAGAAGUUUACACGCCAAUGUUGGCUAGAUACCGUGACAUGGCUAGAAUUUUAGAGACAAGCAGAAAGUGAAAGACUAUAAAUAUUCCCACAUAUCAAACUAAAACUUUAACUACGAAUACACAGCAAAGAGAACAUUCCCUAACCACAGAAGAGGUUUUUUUAAAUAAUUAUUAACUAAGUCUAAAGAGAAAAGAAAACUAUAAAUAACUCUUAGUUUAAGAAUACUUUUUUAUUAAUUGUUAAUAACUCGCAAAUUUUUUUUUGAUAAUGAUGAUAGAUUUUUUAAGCUUUUUUUUUUAUUAAGUAGUUAAAUAAAAGUGCAAUUUUUACUGAAGUAACUGUGAUUAAAAAUGAGAAGAAAUAUUAGGAAAAUUACAAAUUGAAACAAAAAGAAAUAAAUAAAAAAAAAUGCAUGUUGAAUCUCUGACUGCUUAAGAAAAACUACAUUUAACAUCUUUUAGGCUUUUUC